AGAAAGAAAAACCCCACAGAAGCCGAGGCAGACGCCUUCCCCUGGCUUCACUCUUUCCAGUCUGGUCCACCCAUCGACCCCACGAUCUCAGUUGGCUUUCCUGCCCUCCCGGAGAUGCUGAAGCAGGCAGUGGAACAACACAGAGGAGGCUUCUCUUUCGAGAACUGCCAGAGGAAUGCGUCCUUGGAACAUGUCCUUUCGGGCCUUCGGGUCCCUCAUGCACGCAAGACUGGGACUACCAUCGCGGGACUUGUGUUCCGAGAUGGAGUUAUCUUGGGGGCCGAUACGCGGGCCACUAACGAUUCGGUCGUGGUGGACAAAAGCUGCGAGAAGAUCCACUUCAUCGCCCCCAAAAUCUACUGCUGUGGGGCUGGAGUAGCUGCGGACACUGAGAUGACCACGCGGAUGGCAGCUUCCAAGAUGGAGCUACACGCACUGUCCACCGGCCGUGAGCCUCGGGUGGCCACGGUCACCCGUAUUCUGCGCCAGACACUCUUCCGGUACCAAGGCCACGUGGGAGCGUCACUGAUCGUGGGCGGGGUUGAUCUGACCGGGCCUCAACUCUAUGGCGUGCACCCCCACGGUUCCUACAGCCGUCUGCCCUUUACGGCCCUGGGCUCUGGACAGGAUGCAGCCUUGGCACUGCUGGAAGACAGGUUCCAGCCAAACAUGACGGAAAGCAACGGCUACCACUUCUGCGGUGGUUCUCUCAUCAGCCCAAAUUGGGUAGUCACCGCUACCCACUGCCAAGUAACUCCCGGACGACACUUUGUUGUUUUGGGAGAAUAUGACCGAUCUUCCAAUGCUGAGCCUGUACAAGUGCUAUCCAUCUCGAAGGCCAUCUCAUACCCUAACUGGAACCCCAACAAUUUGAACAAUGAUGUGACACUCCUGAAGCUCGCCUCACCAGCCCGGUACACAACACGGAUCUCACCAGUCUGCCUGGCUUCCUCAAAUGAGGUGCUGCCUGCAGGCCUCACGUGUGUCACCACCGGCUGGGGCCGCAUCAGUGGUGUGGGUAAUGUAACACCAGCACGUCUGCAGCAAGCCGUUCUACCCCUGGUAACUGUGAAUCAGUGUCGGCAGUAUUGGGGUUCAGCUAUCACGGAUUCCAUGAUCUGUGCAGGUGGUGCAGGUGCCUCUUCCUGUCAGGGUGAUUCAGGAGGACCUCUUGUCUGCCAGAAAGGAAACACCUGGGUGCUUACUGGUAUUGUCUCCUGGGGCACUAAUAAUUGCAAUGUGCAAGCCCCAGCCGUAUAUGCUCGGGUUAGUAAGUUCAACACCUGGAUCAACCAGGUUAUGGCCAACAACUAAACUCUCCACAGACCCUUUCCCCAUCUCCAUCCAAUAAAGA